AUUCAUUCUGAACGUUUGGAAUAAACUUUUUCGUUUUCUUAUUCAUUAGAACGUUCUGGAUUAUAUGUCACCGGAUAUUCUAAACGAAUUCCAUUUAUUCUGCCUAUGAGAUAUAACUACAAGAUCAUACGUAGAAGAAGAAUAAAGAAAUUCAGCCACAAAUUUGCAAUGGAAGUGGAAGUAUUACUAAGUAGGUUUUCGCAAAGUGCUGCUACCCCUUUUAAAUGGUCGCCAGGAGAUACAAAAUGCCUUAUUGAUUUGUACGCGAAGCAUAAAGACAAAUUCGAAAGCUUCCAAAAAAUUAAGGCCUGGGACAUUAUCGCGCAAGAAAUUACCGGGAUUCGCGGAAAAAUAAUUACAAGUGAUCAGUGCAACGGCAAAUGGAAAGGUCUAAAAUCAAUGUAUAAAAAGGUUUUAGACCACAAUAGCACAAGUGGUAAUGGAAGAAAGGAUUGGGAACAUUUCGAUGCCAUGCACGAAAUUCUCUGGAUGAAACCAGAAAUCAAUCCUCCGGCUACGUGUUCAACUGAUGAUACAGAAGUUGUCAACACUUCCGACUAUGAUUUUUGCGACAUGUUUACCGAAGAGGCUACGCCUAGAACCAGAACAAAGCGGAAAACUGAUGAAAACUGAUGAAAACCGGUGAAACUGAUGAUGCAAAACAGAGGCGUCAUAAGGAAAAGAUGGCAAAAACGGACCAGUUUCUGGAUUUGUUUAAAACACUUGUCAUACACGUA